ACUCUAGCGGACUCUUUUCCUCAAAGGACUCUACAACGUCUAGUCCGGUUUGUUUAGACCAGAGACCGGAUACGAGAAGGUUCGACAUGCACCAUUAAACUAGACGGCAUUCACGAGGACAGCGACGUGUUCUCUUGCUAUUCCCAACGGCUCCGUAACCAUGACAACAACAGAAGACGGCCGGAAGUCGACAGUUAACAGGACCGCGUGUUGGACCGCGUGAGUCCAACUCUUUUAGUCACACGGUUCUUCAGAUACAACCGGAAGGACCCACCAGAGCCCGGAUGUGUGGACUAACGUGUUGAAGAGGACUUUGUAGAGGGAGACGGACCCGAACGGAGCCGAGCGACACCGAGCGGGGCCGAGUGAGAGACGCGUUUUUAACGGAGUUGUCUGGAGGAAACGUUUUCUGAAGAUGUCUAAAGUCCAACAGCUGAGAUGUUUAGUCAACCAGCGACUAACUGCGGCUGCGCAAGAGAUCUUGGGUCUGUUUGAAAGAACGAUAGCAGAGUACGAGGAGGAACUUUGUAGUUCCAGAGAGGAGAACGAGCGACACCGGAAACGACUGGACGCCGUGUUCAACCCGGAAGUCCGGUUACACAGAGCAGAGGACCCAGAGCCCCCCCACAUUAAAGAGGACCAGGAGGACCCGGAGCCCCCCCACAUUAAAGAGGACCAGGAGGACCCGGAGCCCCCCCACAUUAAAGAGGACCAGGAGGACCCGGAGCCCCCCCACAUUAAAGAGGACCAGGAGGACCCGGAGCCCCCCCACAUUAAAGAGGACCAGGAGGACCCGGAGCCCCCCCACAUUAAAGAGGACCAGGAGGACCCGGAGGCCCCCCACAUUAAGGAGGAAGAGGAUGACCCAGAGCCCCCCCACAUUAAGGAGGAAGAGGAUGACCCAGAGCCCCCCCACAUUAUAGAGGAACAGGAGGACCCGGAGCCCCCCCACAUUAAAGAGGACCAGGAGGACCCGGAGCCCCCCCACAUUAAAGAGGACCAGGAGGACCCGGAGCCCCCCCACAUUAAAGAGGACCAGGAGGACCCGGAGGCCCCCCACAUUAUAGAGGAACAGGAGGAUCCAGAGCCCCCCCACAUUAUAGAGGAACAGGAGGAACUCUGGACCAAUCAGGAGGGAGAGCAGCUUCAAGGGCUGGAGGAGGCUGGUAUCAAGUUCUCAUUCACUGUAAAGAGUGAAGAUGAUGAAGAGGAAGCUCAGUCCUCUCAGCUUCAUCAAAGACAAACUGAACACAUGGAAACAGAAGCUGAUGGAGCGGAUUGUGGAGGACCAGAACCAGACAGGAAGUUAGAUCCAGAAAGACAUCCAGGACCAGAUACUGAGGAGACUGAGGACAGAGAUGAUUGGGAGGAGACUCAGGAACCUCAGUCAGAUGUGAACCCUCAAAACAAAGAAGUACCUGUAAGUGAUGUGAACUGUAGUACUGGAAAUACAUCAAUCAGCUCUCCUGAAUGUGCUGGAAGCUUUGACCACAAGGGACAUCUGGAGAAACCCACUAGCUCCAAAACAGGAGAGAAACCAUUUCAAUGCUCACUUUGUGACAAAAGAUUUGGAUUCAAUAAGACUCUAAAGAUACACAUGAGGGUCCACACGGGAGAGAAACCAUUUAGUUGUUCAGUGUGUGGUAAAACAUUUACACAAAAGAAUAACCUGAACUAUCACAUGAAUGGACACACAGGAGAGAAACCAUUUAGUUGUUCAGUGUGUGGUAAAACAUUUACACAAAAGGAAAUUCUGAAACAACAUGUAAUUAUCCACACUAGAGAAACUAAUUAGUCGUGGAGUUUGCUCAACAAGAUUAUAUACAAAUCAUAACAACAUUAGUUUAUGAGAGUCUCUAAAUAAACAUGCUUAAACACUUACAGGCUGAUACAGACUCCAACAUAAGUGUAUUCAACUACACAUCAAUUUAUAUUCUUUGAUGUGAGUUUCUCUGAUAUUGUCUUAUGUUCAUCUGUUGUUGUUGUUGUUUUCUUGGUGGCUCACAAACAUUUGGAAAGUUCAGCCAAUGUUUCCACCAAAAUGACUUCAGUUCAAUGUUCUUCUUCCAUAUUUGUCCCAGAGUUUGUAACCAAGCUGCAGCAGACGGGUUUUAUUUUUAAAUAAAUAUGUGUGUUCACGAUUAA